UAUUCUAUAACGAUUAUUUUCAUACUCUAUUCUUCCUGCUCUUCACCAUUGUUAUACACGAAGCCAGUGUUGGGCUUGACUGUUGGGUCUGGCCACUUGGCCCACUCAAAGGAAAUGAUGGCGCAUGCACGAAACCAAAACACAAUGUUUCAAUAUUUGUUACAUGAUGGAGUUAUGAUGAACAAAACAUUUCUGUACUAUAAGGCUGGACAAACCAGCCUGAACGUUAUGCGCAGUUAUAUAUAGACAACAAGUUCCAUAAGGCACUUAGACAGUUUCUUCACAAAGAAAGUUUGGACUCAAUUAUUUAAGCAUAUUAUACCGUAUGACAACCUGGGCGCAAUUAAAGAAGGGCAUCUAUUUCUCUAAAAUUUAUCAAAUACCUUUUGAGGCAUGUGUCGGUGUUGAUGGUGUCUUCUCUACCUUUCUCAGUUCUUAUCUCCCUAUGCCUCUUUUCUAAUUCCUAAUGCAGGCUAAUUAUUCUGCUUAACAUAGGUGCACUUUCUUCCUCUCUCUUCCCCAAAUGCCUGCGAUUAAGUGGCUGCCUUCUACACUUCGUGUCUUACAGCCCAAAUGUGCUCUCGAGGCCUUACGUGUGCUCCGAUUGCCGUUAUCUGAAUGUCGUUCAGCAGGGCCCAAAGCCGCCACUUCAGUAUUGCGGUCGACAUCACCUCGAGAACCCUCACAAACAUGGCACUUGUCUAUACGUGCUCAACUUCGUCGACAAGCGGUGCCUUUUGGCUAGCGAUGAGGCUUUUUACCCUUGCUUGGCUUCUUCUACAAACCACUUUUGCUGUGAGGCCCCCUCUGGAUUUAUGCACUCCUGAUUUGCCGCACCAGAGAUUCCACGUGGGAAUCCUGUUUCUUUGUAUACGAGGCGCUGCAUCAGAUUUGCUGGUUCAGCAGCUGGAUCACCUGAAAACCGACGUGCUUCACUGCCAUGACGACUUCUGCCUUGUGGACAAGUUGUGUCAAAGGGGUCAGCUGGAACCGGAGAUGGCAAAAUACCUCAAUGCCCACUUGAUGCGGGAACUUCGAUGCCUGGCUGAGUUUUGUACUACCCCAUCGGAGAACGAGCAGGAUGUUGGGGCGAACAGCACUGACAUCGCUCAUUGCAGGAACAGUGUUGCGCUGUAAAAUACACCUAAAUAUGUCAACCGGAGAAAUAGAAAGCGCAGCGAUUACAGAUAACGUUAACAACGUGGUAUUGAAGUUUUGAAUCGUUGACAGCUGGCUUGAUCACGUCAAAAGUCACUCGUUAUAAUACCUCAAUAAAUCAUUGGUUGACACUGACCGCU